AUGCUCAGCCACAUCACAUUUUCUAAGCUAAAUUUGAUUUUGAUAUUCUUGUUAAUGUAAUUUUAGAUUAUAGUAAGUCCAUUUCUAGCAAAUUAUAGGAAAUCAGCGACUGCUCAAUAAUUUAUACAAGCGAAAUGUAUUAUAUCCAAUUUGUCCAUAAGUUAGAGUUGUUAUUUAAACAAAUCAAAAGGCUUGAUUCAAAUUAUUAGGGUGGUGCAAAAGCUGUUUGAGCAGAGAAGUUAAUUUAAUAAGGAUUAGAACUAAUUUUAGAUAAACUAUGGAUUUUGA